AAUGCAGUUCAAUUCGUAGUCGUUAUACUUUUGUUGUUAUUAUUGGCAACUGCAAUUUUUCUUGUUUAAGCUAAGUAAGUAAACAUUUGUUUGCUAAAAUUCAAACUAUAAAACGCUUUUUUUAGAGGAACUAAAGAUUUAUUGUUCUCCUUGCUUAAGUACUUCUAUAUGUCACCGGUAAAAUAAAACCAAAGCGAGCUUCAAACUUACUCCAGUUACCCAAGUUUAAAUUUAAAGUAAAUUAAAGUAGCCUAUUUUGAUUAUUUUGACACCAAAGCCGCCCACUGUGAUGUCAAAGCCUCUCACGGAUGACCAUAAAUUAUUAAAUUUCAAGUUAGGGGCCUACUUAGUUAAUACUGGAACUACUGCUGAGCCUAAUUUGAAAUUGAAAAAAGAAAUAUAUCUAACUUAAGUAACUAUAACUAUACUAUAGGCCAUAGGCUUACUAGCCUACUAGUACUAGUUGAGUACUAGUAACUAGUCAUUGUCUGAAGUCUGAAGAAGAAUAUUAUAGCGAAAGUGCAGCAGAAAUUACAAAUAGCAUAUAUUGUCACAAAAGUUUACUUGCAAUUUGAAAUUUCAAUUGGAAAAUUACACUCACACACACUGAAUAGGCCUACCUUAGGCUUACUUACUAAUUACAAAUCACAUGAUAGCGACCCGUUAACCCUCUAACUCUUAAAAUCGUACAAUAAUUACAAUAUCAUUACUCGUCAUUACAAAAUCUUUCAAUAUGUUAUCUUAAUAGUUAAUAGUAAAUAAUGUAAACAUACUUUUACAGUAAAUAUAAUGAUGUAUACACCUCUAAAUCGUAAAUUGUGCGUCAAAACGUAAGAUUAAACAGUUUUAAACAGGUCUGUGAUAGGUACUAAUUUUUUUUAAGCUUCUAUUUACUAUAUUAUAUAUAUUUAUUUAGUUUUAAAUUUUGUCUAAUUAUUAGGCCUAUCUGAUUAUAAAAUAUAAUAUUACUUAUACUUAUAGUCAUAUAGAUCUUAUACUUAUACCUAUUUGGAAGUAUUCUGCUGCAGUCGCUAAAAAUUUUUAAGACCAAGGAGUCAAAAAAAUGCAUGUCACAUUCACAUCAGUUUCAGGAAUCAAGAUGGAUAAAUCAAAUGCAGCUAAAAAAACUAUUUGUCCCCAUCAUGCCAUAAGACAUAUUGUUAGGCUAAUGAAUUAUAUUAGUUAUUAUUGCUGAACCUUAUGCCUUACAUUUUUAUAAUGCCCAUAAUUUGUGAUUUAAUUUUUUUCAGGCUUUUACUGCAGAUAGUUGAAUCAUGGCAUCAAGAACAGGAUUAUUUCCUGCUCAACCUGCUGUUACAAAGUCAAAAGUCCCAACAAAUAAGUGUCACAAGCCUGGAACUGUAAGGAGUAAAAAAAAUGAACAGUUGCCACUGACAGGCAUCACUAAAUGUAAAAAUAGUCCUGACGUUGGAGCUGCUCCACAUGCAAGAUGCAGUGCCUGCUCUGUCAAGAAGGAUAAGCAGAAUCUUGCAUUAAAAACAAAAUAUGCUGGUUCUCUUACAAAUGCAAGCUGUAGAAAAUCUUUUACUGGGAGCUGUAUCUCUAGCAAUAGUAAGGUUACUUCUAAGAUUCAACUGCAAAAUUUUUAAUUUUUUUAUCAUUUUAUAUUUUUACAGAAUAAUGACAUUUGAGAACAUUUAUUUUAAAAUUGUUCGAUUUUAAAAUGUUAGCUACAUAGUAAAUUAAAAAAUAACCCUUUUUUUUUCCUCUCUCAGAAAUCCUUUAAUUUGACAUCCAUAUUAAUUGCUGACAUUUUUUUUUCAUCUGAAUUCAUUGCAUUAUAUACAUACAUGUUAUAAACUCAAGUGCAUUUUUGUUGGUAAGGAAGCCAGGAAGUUCCUGAAAGGUGUGGUGGAGUCAACCUGUCAUGCUAAAUUAUAUCAACAAUAGUUUUAAACAUCAUAUUUAGCAACUGGCUGAGUGUGUUUUGAAAACUUUACUAUUUAUUUUUUCUGUGCUCUUUUCAAGCUAUUAUGGGCUGAAAUACCAUUUGACAUUAAUAUUGUCUACAACAUUUUGUUUACAUUUCCUCUCCGUAAUGUAAAAUGAUAAAUCAUUGUCUUAUUCAAUGCUAUAUAAAAAAAACUUAUAGUAAAAAUAGACUUAACGAUGACAAAUCAAACCUAUUUAACAUAGUGUGAACUUAAAACAGACUUUUGCAUGGGAUUCUUAAAUUAAUUAAUCCAGACUACAUCAAGUAAAAAAAAAUUAUUUUCUGGCCUGAUAAUAAUUAAAGUUUCACUUUAAUUUACAUAUGACAGUAGAAGUUACAAAGAUAUUUUGCUAGAACUAGAAGGCUUAAACUGGCCAGAUUGAAAAAUUAAUACAAGAAACUGAAUGUUUUCAAAGGUUAUGAACUCCUGACACCAUAAAAGAUUUUAAUAUUUUGACUAUAAAUCAAAGCCAUUUCAGGAUUUAAUAAUUGCAGAGAAAUAUAUUUACCUGACAGCAAAAAAAGAAAUAAUUAAUUCCAAUACUAUUGGUAUUUGGGAUUCUAAAGUCACAUUUUAUUAAUUGAAUACUCUUUAAAGAAAUCAUUAAAGAAAUUGUUUAUGGGUCAAAAGAGACAAUAAUGUUUGAAAUGAAAAUGUACUUAUUAAAGGAUGUAUUCCUACAAUGUCUCCUUGAUUCUGAUUUCUUUUUAGAUGCUUACAUUUUGUUAUUCAACAGUUAAAAUCUCACCCAAGAGCAUUCUCAAGAAAAAUGAAUUAAAGGUAGCCUUUACUUUAAAUUUGUAGCUGGUUGAUAUUUAGUCAGAUUUAUUUUAAGUCUGAAAGAUUUUUUAAUGCUUUAUAUCUAUCAAGCACAAAAAUAAAAGAUUUGUAGUUAUUAUUAAGGAUUCAAACUUCAACUUUGAAUUCAGAUGUAUGUAAAAUUAUAAAUACAUUGAUAACAAGUUUAAUUAUCUUAAUUAUAAUUUUAGUCGAAUGUAAAAAAAAAAAAUAUUUCAUUAUAAAUAGCUUCAAGGAAAUUUUCUGUAAAUUGGAAGAAAUUACUAAAUUUCAGAUUUGUUUUUUUUUUUUCAGUAUCAUUCUUAGUGUGGUCAUAGUGUGGCCAUAAAAAUAUAUUUGAAGGUUUUUCAUAUUGCUACGACUAAUUUUAGGAUCCAUUAUAUUUAUAUUUCUCUAGAGUGAAGUGAAGCGCCACGUACAAUUUAAUAGAGCAACAGAUCAAGCUAGCCUCAGGUAAUUUUCUUUGGUGCAUAUUGACUUUGUCAUUGGUAUUUUGGAAGAUUUGUUGUUUAGAGAAAAAUUGAAACAUAGUUGUGUGGAAAAUUAGAAAAGUCGAUUAUUAUAUGCUAAGUUAAGGUAAAGUGUAUACUUAGAAACUAUGUACUUGUAUUUUUUUAAUUUUAAAAACUCAAGGAUUAAAUUACCUUCAUUAUUUUGAAAAACAACUUUUAUGGGAUAGAUUCACCUUCAUUGCUAACAACUUAUGGGGUGGAGGGUUGUAAAUACCAAUAAUAUAUUGUGUCCAUUUUUUUAAAUAAAAUAAAAAAUAUAUAACUUAGUACAUUCAUUCCUCAAAUUCAUAGAAAAUUUUCAUUUUUUUUUUCAGGGCUAAACUAAAUGAAUGGUUAAAACAAAAAGGAAAGACACCUAGUAAAUACAGAGAUUUGAUGAGAUUUGGUGCUACUGUCUCUGCUAAAAAAAGAACGUCAGGUCAUUUUGAUGCUACAACUAAACAAGAGCAGAAGGUAAGAGAGGGAUAUUUGGGCUUUUCUUUAUUGUCACUCUUGUUUCUGCUCAACAAUACUUAUGGACCCGCCAUGAUCAAAAUCGUAUUUAUUUAUUUUUUUUAAAUGGUAGUCUUCAAAGUUCCCUUCUGGGGUAAAAGGUAACGGAUAUGCCUCAUAAACAAAAGGUUGAAAGUUUGAAUUUUUUUUAGGUUUAUCCCUAGCUCAGAGCUAACUGAAAUGAAUUUGCCAGCCAAUUAUCCCAACCCAAAAAUAUGUAUCAUGUCUUGCCUCUCUGUCGCACAUUGUAUCCUCAAAAGUAUUUUAAUUUUAUAAAGUUCACAGCAAUGUCUAAAAUAAGAUUAAAAUGCCUUAGUCAAAGCAGUAUAACUAAAUAUUUUUCAUCCACAAACUUCAAUAGAAAAAUGUACCAUACAAACUCUUAUAAUAUUUCACAAUUAGUCCGUUGUUAAUUGAUAAAUGCUCAUUUUUCUUUUAGUUAAGUGUGCUAACAUCUUUUCAAACAUUUUAGUAAUGCAAUGUAAGUUAAGUUAAAGGAAUUUUCUUCCUGAAAGUAGUCUCUUAGUACUUAAACAAAGUAUUUCUCAAGGAACUCAUUACUCUAUCCAUUAUUUAUAAAUUAUAUGUGUUUAUUGGCCUCAAUUGGGAUCUCGUAUAGUACUUCCUUGAUUUUUAUCUCGUUCUGUCCAAACACUUCUGGUUCCCCCUGUGAAUCCCUGUGUAGUACACAUUUUUAUAUUUAUUGAGAUAAGUUUAUGUUCUAUCAUUUAUCAUUUUUAUUAUUUUUAAGGCUUUCUACUCAUAUUAGAAAUAAAAAGCUUUAAAGAUUUAUGUGGGGGAGGGAUCUGUCUUUUAUGUCAAAGUUUAUUUGUUAUAGUUUUAUUCUUUCUAGGGCGGAAAUUCUCAGAAAGAAGUUGCUAGGAAAAAUCUUUUUGGAGAACCACCUGUUAGGGAACAUGUAACUACAGAUGAGGACAAAGAAAAUGACCGCCUCAAUAGCACAUAUGAAUUAAUGGACACAGUGAAGUCAGAGGCUCCCCAAGGUAUUUGUUUUUCAUAACAUCUACAAGCUUUCUAAGGCUCUCUUAAAGUUGAAAGCUUGCAUUGAAAUAUCAGGAGUUUUGAAGUAAAAUUUAUAUUUAAAAUACUGGUAUUCAACCUGCAACACUGAUUUAUUUCUGUCCCCAUUUAUAUGACUAGAAUAUUUGUUGAUCGGAUUAUUUGGCUGCAUUUUUUACAUGUUAAAAUUCAAAUUAAACAAGGCAUAUAUGCCAAAUAAUAAUAAUAUGUAUGUUAUAUUGCAAUGUGUAGUAUUAUUUGGAAGCAAUACAGCAUGACUAGAAUUAUAUGAUAAAUUAAAGUUUGUGGUUGCUUGUACAAUAAAAGGUUGAUCUUCUCAUGGUUUUUUUAAAUGUAUUGUCUAAUAAAUAUGAACAUAUUUUGUCAGAAUCCAAAAAUGGAGCUGCUGAAGAAAAUUCUUGUUUGCUACCUGCUCCUGAAAAAGACAUAUUAGAGAAUGUUAAUAUUUUACUGGAUCAAUGCUUAAACUUGUUUUACUCAGUAAGUUUUGCUUUGCUUUUUAUAAUAAUACCUGAUAAAAACUUUUGGAGUUUGGGAAAAAGAGACAUGAAACUACAAGACAAUUCAAUAGCCAUUUAAAUAUUGCUAUAUUAAGCUAUUUGAGAGUUCUAGCCAUAAAUUUUGAUGGCUGGAACAUACAUUAACAUUAUGAAAUGAAUAUAGUUUUUUUGUUUUUUUUAUAAAGUUUUUUUUUUUGGGGGGUGUUUUUUAAUGCAAAUAUUUUUCUAAUAAUUUUAUUCUCUUUUCAUCAGAAUAACAGAAUAAGCCAUAUGCUUUUCUUCUCACUCUUUGUGAGGAAAUGUGUACAAUAUCUCAUAAAUGAAACUCACUUUGAUUGUGUGUCCGAUGAAAAAUAUUUAAAUUUAUAUUGAGUGUUUAAUUGGUGAAAUAUAAAUGAAUACAGAAUGAAAAGUUAUGUUGUUUUUGAUGUACUUACUAAUGAAAACCAACUGAAAUACCGAAAGGUAAUUACUGUAAAAACCAGAGACGGUUCCGAUUCUUAUGACAGCUGCAAAGAUGAAAAGAAGAAAAACUCUAGAAUCAAUUCAUAAUUAAUAUUAAUGGCAAAAUAUGUUGUAAUGAAAUGUGCCACUGAUUUUAAAAAAAUUUACAUCCUUCAUUUUGUUUUUGUAGGGCUGUCCAUUAGAGGAUGUUCUUUCCUGGCUUUCUGAAAUGGAAGCUCAACUGCCACAGGUAGCCACCUAUGCCCCAUUCUAUAUCUGUAAAGCCAAAGUGCUUGCAGCCUUCCCUCAGAUGGUGAUAGAUGUGUACACAACAGCUAUAAGAAAUAAUGCCCAGGUUUGUUCAUGUAAACAUAGUGAAAGCUAUAAUCUUACUAGCUGCAUGUUAACUGCCCAACAUUCUGCAGAGGUGAUGAUUUUGCACUUCGUAAAUAUAAGAAGACAUUUUAUAUGCAUGUGUGUUAGGGCCCUUGGGCUAUUGAAAUUGUCCUUUGGCUGCCCUUAAAUGUUUUGGUAUGUGAACACUGGUAUAAAUCAGCAAUAAGUUAUGGAUGCAAUUAUAAAAUGAAAUAAAAUCACAUAGAUUUUUUUAAUAACUUUUUUUUUUUUUGGUCCAUUUUUUUUUCUAGCCAUGUGAUAUCUUAGCAAGUGAAAUGAAACUUGCGACAACUAAGUACAUUGAACCUUAUGUCGAGCCUAGUUUAAAAGUACCAGAGGACAUUUCCUCUGAAUUACACUUUGAUGAAACUGACAAAGUGGUGCAGUCAUCCAAACGACUUUCAGCCAAAGUGGCCAGGCCUAAAACUCCUAAAGAGGGCAGCACAGUAAAAUACAAAUGUAUCACUCCUUCACGCAGGUAAGAUCUCAACUAUUUAUUCUUUUGUAAUCAGAGUUUGCUCUGACCCUAGUAUUAGUAGUUUAUUGUGAAAUUUAUAAAAUUAACUUUUUAUUUCAUACUACCGGUACAUCAAUUAAAUGUAGGCUAUAUUCCAGAGAGUGGCAUAGCUAGGGUCAGUGCCGCCCGGGGCGAGCCAAGAUUUUUGCCAUCCCCUUCCAUGAAAAAUAUUCUGAAGUUGGCCGAAAAUGCCUCCCCUUAAGUUAAUAAAUUCUGAAUCACUGCCUAUUAUCAAUACUAUUCAAUUCAGUUACUUCAGACCUGUUUACUUUUAUGAUUUUGGCGUACAAUGUACGAUCUUGAAGUGUAUACCUUAAAUAUACUGUAUGUUUUAUUUUUAAAAUUAAGAUGGUGUAUUGAACGAUUUUUAUUCUUUUAGUGAUCCCACUAUUAAUUUUUAUUGUUAUCUUAGAAGAUUAUACAUAUUAUUUACACAAUAUCAUUCCAGAUCCACAUCUGAAACGGUCUUUGCCAUUGUGACCCCGGUACGUCGUUCAUUUAGAUUGUCCAAUAACUACACCACCCCGUGUCAAGGUCUGAAUGGUGAUGUGGUUGAGAAUGUGUCUGAGAUACGCCCCACUGUGAGGCGAUCCAUGGUUUUUAAGGGUAAUCCUGCCCUAGCUGGGAGUGAGGAACUGUCCAACAAAUUGCAGUUCACUGCUGCAGUUCAGGAUCAGUGCUAAAUUUUUUUUAUAACUUUCUCUCUUUAGAUUUUAAGGUGUUCUAGAAAUGAAAUUGCUACCUAUUUCAGAGCAGAUUAUAUCAACUUGAAAAAUUAAACUUUAAACACCUGUUAAUUGUAAAUCUUAGGUAAGGAAUGUAGAGUGAUUUUCCAAACAUAUUUGAAUUGUAAAUUACUGUUAGACUUAUCUUAAUCUGCAUUGUCUUUUGCAUUGAUAAGUACCCCGGUACCAGUAACCUUGUUUUCUAAAUGAUUUGAUUUUAAAGAUGCUCUCUGUGCAAUAUUUAUUAUAUGCAGAUUUAUGCACUCUUUUUGUAUGCUUAGUCAAAAAUAUUUUAAACUCUAUAUUUAUGAUUUUAAGCUUCCACUUUACUAUUAGUUUUGUUAUUCAUGGAGCUUUAUUAUUUGUAAAUAAAGCCAAAGAAAUGUCAAAAGAUGAGAUUGAUUUUGAGAUUUAUUUUGAUUUCUCUUUCAAAUUUUAUUGUUUGUCACUUGAAGAAAAAAAAUUAAAUUUAAACUUACAUUGGGGCCUUGGAAUCAUAACUAGUCAGUUCCAGAAGUCAGUUCAAGUUCCAAUUCGUUAGAGUUCCAAGACUAUUUUAAAUAAAGUAAUAGAAACUAGAUAAAUUCAUUCCUGGGUCCCACUAACUAUAAAUCACAGUCAUUUUUUUUAAGUUCUCAAACCAGCCCCUACUGGCUUUUAACUCCUUAUGAGCACUAGAUUCAGGCAUGACUUUCACUAAAUCAUUGUGGAGGACCUUGAUUUUCUCACAAAUUAUCGUCUCAGAAAUGAAAUCAUAAGCCAGAAGUUUCUCAUUAAUCCAAACUAAGAGGAGUUUUCCCACCUCUUCCAUACUCUUCUUUCUCCCCUAGAGGUCAGUGUCGUAACUCCAGCUCAUUGCUGUAACCCCAGGUCACUGUCAUAACCCUACACUGCUUAGAUAGCUUCUAUAUUUUUAACCCUUUCAUUACCGCUGGGUUUGGGCAUCCAUUUUUGCUGACUCAGCAAUAAAAACUUUACACACACCCCCACCCCCCCAAAAAAAAAAAACAGAAGGAGAAAUUUUAGGUACUUUUCAUGCUCUAUCCUAUUUGCUUAUUAACUUCUUUAUAGUUAUAGAUUAACGAAUAAAGAAAUAUAUAGCAUUGAAAUAUGACGUCCUUGGUAUUUCAGAAAAGUUAUUUUCCUUUUUGUUGUGACGUCCUUGGUACCGGUAAUUGAAAGUGGGUGAUCGUGACGUCGCAUCGACGUUAUCGGUAACGAAAGGGUUAAAUAAUUUUACAAACAGUGGACCUAAGCUUCCCAAAAAUAGUAGCCAGAUUUACAGCUUUCGUGCUUAGGGAUAGGAUCUUAUUUAACUUCAUUUGUAGCUCUAACAGUGGUCCUUCUACUCUUGUUAUUCUCACUACAAUUUAUAGGACUCAUGACGAAGUUGUUCUUAUAUAGAAAAAAAAAUAACAUCUGGCACAAAAGCAUACAAUUAGCAACGAAAUCCACACCAGAUUGCUUCACUUCAUCUUCUGAUAAAGAACUGAAUGAUAAAGGACAUGGGUGGCCAUAGUGCUGGGAAAAUGUAUGCAAAAAACACAUAAAGAAGCUCCUGGGCAUUCAGAUUCUAAAGCAGCCUUUGGAUAUUGAGCGAAAUUGUGCUAGAAAUUUUCAUUCAAAUUCCAAGUUGUUUGAGUUCUAGGGCGUUCAGAUUCCAAGAUACCACUGUAUAUCCAAUCUAAAGUGAACUUGUAUCUAAAUGUAAUUUGGCUGUGACUUUAAGUUUAGGGAAACACACCAGUUAUAAUUUUAACAAAAUAAGUCUACAUUGUUGAAUAGAAAUGUAUAAGAAUAAGAUGAAUAUAGAAUUCCAAAGGGAUCACUGUUUAAAAAGACAUGCACUGACAAAGGCUGAAAAUCUUCCAGUUGGUUGCAAGACGGAAUGCAUUUACAAUCUUCUGCAAUAUUCAGCUCCUUUUGUUCAGGUCGCUGGCAGCCAAUUUUGACACCUUUUAUCACUUUACAAAUUUCUUGACUUAAAGUAAACUGAAGUGAGUUCUCACUUUAUAUACUGUGUAAUAUAUGCAUGUUAUUUUGAAGACUUAUUACCCAUUUGACAGUUUGGUGCAGUUUUCUUAUUAAGCUUCACCUUUAACUGAAAGAAACAUUCAAUUAACUGCAUCUACUCUUUUUAGCUGCAUUUAAUUUUGUAGAGUACUUAUGUGUAAAAAAGAUUCUAAUUUCAACUCAACAUCUCUCUCUCCCUCUCUCUCUAUCAACCUCUCUCUAUCUCCCCAGAUAUAGAUAUAUAUAUAUAUGUAUAAAUAGGUUCUUUAUUAGUAAUUGUAGUGCCAUCUCCAGUUCAGCUCUUGGUUUACAUAUAUUACUAUCAGGCCGCAGUUACACAUUUAAACGGACACUCCAGCACUUUCUAUCUGUCUUCACCCAAAGGCCUACCAAAUCCUAUUACUAGUACAGUAACUUUUAAAAACAUCUAAAUUUUCUCUACUUCUACUACACUUGAAUUUAAACACAAACCCCCACCCUCUCAAAAUCAACAUUUCUGCUUGACUGGCCAGCAUGUUCAACUUCACUGAUCUAUGUAGCAGUGCAUUGUUUCAGCUCCAUUGCUUCAUGUAAAAAAUGCUGUUUCAGAAAUAAAAUGGCGUCU